CGCGAAGAGCUUGACCAAAUCCUUGAAGAGCAGCAAGAACGCCGCGUUGAUGAUGCCGUUGUUCAGCUCCUUGGGAUGAACCUGCAAAGCAACCAGCUCGACGCUGGGGCUAAAAGCCGCGCCCAAACGUCAUGACGCACCCGGAAGUUCAGCCACGUCGCCAAAACCAAGACUCAUGCAGCAAACGACUAGGUUGAAAACAACAUCAUGAUGGCCCACUUGGAGCAAGUUUCCAAACUGUCUGAGGUGCACCCCAAGCCCCCUGGUUUGGUUUUGCAGUAUGGCACGGCUGGUUUCAGGACCAACGCCAGCCGUCUGGAUCACGUCAUGUUCCGUAUGGGCCUGCUGGCCGCGUUGCGAGCCAAACAAACCAAAGCCGCCAUCGGCGUCAUGGUUACUGCCUCCCACAACCCCGAGGAAGACAACGGGGUGAAGCUGAUUGACCCCAUGGGCGAGAUGGUGACGCUCGCUUGGGAGGGCUACGCCACCCGGCUGGCCAAUGCGGAGCAGCAGGAGUUGCUUUCGGUGCUGGAGGACAUCCUGGAGAAAGAAGACAUCGACAAGAGCCAGGGGGCCUUAGUGUUUGUGGGCAAAGACACCAGGAGCAGCAGUGAAAGGCUGUCACAAGCAGUCCUGGAUGGCGUAUCGUCAUUGGGAGGACGCAGCAAAGACUACGGCUUGGUGACCACCCCGCAGCUUCACUACAUGGUUUGCUGUCACAACACGCACGGGCAAUACGGCGAGGCCACGGUGGAAGGAUACUACGGGAAACUCUGCCAGGCGUUUAUCGAGCUCACCAAAAAUACACCCAACCGUACUGAUGACCAGAAGCACCUGACGGUGGACGGCGCCAAUGGCAUCGGCGCGCUGAAGCUGCGAGAGAUGGAGCGUCACCUCAAGAGAGAGCUGCAGAUUUCCCUCUUCAACGAAGGUCACGGAAAGCUCAACCACCAGUGCGGGGCCGACUUUGUCAAAGUGCAGCAAAAGCCACCCACAGGGGUCAAGGUCCAAAGCGGCGAGCGCUGCUGCUCCUUUGACGGCGACGCCGACCGUAUCGUUUAUUACUACACCGACAGCGAGGACCGCUUCCACCUCCUAGACGGAGACAAGAUAGCAACGCUCAUCAGCACGUUCCUCAAAGAGCUGCUCAUGCAGGCUCGCUUAAAUUUAAAGAUAGCUGUGGUGCAAACGGCCUACGCUAACGGCAGCUCCACGCGCUACCUGGAGGACACAAUGAAGGUGAUUGUGAGGUGCACGAAGACGGGAGUGAAGCACCUCCAUCACGCGGCGCAGGAGUUUGACACCAGCGUUUACUUUGAGGCUAACGGCCACGGGACGGUGUUGUUCAGCCGUGCGGCCGAGGAAAAGAUCAGACAACUGGCCGAGGACGUCAACACCGAUGACACCAGGAAGAGAGCGGCCAUUCUUCUGCAGCACAUCAUCAACGUCACCAACCAGACGGUAGGCGACGCCAUUUCUGACAUGCUGCUGAUCGAGGCGAUCUUGGCCUUGAAGGGAAUGACGGUGCAGCAGUGGGACGCCAUCUACACCGACGUGCCCAACCGGCAACUGAAAGUCAAGGUGUCAGACCGCCGGGUGAUCGACACGACCGACGCUGAGAGACGUGCGGUGAGCCCGGCGGGGUCCGUCUUUUCAGAUUAA